ACAAAUAAUAUUUGUUAGGUUUCCAAAUUGAAUCACCGCUUUUCUCUUCUCAUUGUUGGUCGUCAAUGGCGACUUGAUGCUCUUCCCUUUGAUUCCCUCUCUUUAUUGCUUGUUCAUAGUAAAUCUAUCGCCACUGGUGCUCUCCGGUGGAACGAGAAGUGCCUGCAAACUCGUCAAUACUUGACCAUGACAACAUCUGGUGUAGAUACAAUUAGCAAUCUGCCCAGUAAUAUUCUGGACGGAAUUCUAGGGUGCUUGCCUUUGAAAGAUGCAGUGAAGACUAGUAUCUUGUCAAAAGAUUGGAGGUACAAAUGGGUAACACGUCAAAAACUUGAUUUUGAUGGUAAGUUUCUCAUGUCUUUCAAAGACAUUCAAGUAGCCAAGACAAUCAUUUACCAAGUUCUACUACUCCAUAAAGGACCAAUACUAAAGUUUACACUCCAAGGUCCUAAUGUGACAAGUUGUCCUGAUAUUAGUCAUUGGAUACUCUUCUUAUCAGAGAAAAAUGUCCAGGAAUUCACCCUUCACAUUUUCUCAGGCAACGAAUAUCAUUUACCUUCUCAGAUUUUUACAUUCCAGCAACUAUGGCAUUUGGAACUUGGUCGAUGCUUGUUCCACCCUCCACCUGAUUUCAAAGGGUUUGAAAAGCUUAUUAAUCUUGAUCUUCAGUGUGUCAUUUUUGAUCCAGCAAUAAUUAGGAAUCUCAUCUCCAAAUGCCCAUUGCUUGAAAGAUUGAGGUUGAAUUGGUGCACGGACUUUGACAUUCUUGAAAUUGAUGCAGCUAAUCUCAAAUGCUUCGACUUUGUUGGUAUAUCGAAGUCCAUUUGCUUUAAGAAUACCCCUAUGCUUAGAAACGUUACUGUGUGGCUCGAUUCAAAAGUUUUGACGGAUCCAUCACCUAUUUAUUCUAAUAUUACAAAAUUCUUCCAUUACAUGCCUUCCCUGCGGGAACUGGAUCUAUGCGGUUCAACAUUAGAGUACUUGACUAUGGGAGGUGUACCAGAGAGUCCCCCGACUGCUCUGAACAACGUCGGAUCUCUCCGUAUUUCGAGCAUGUAUUUCAGAAAUGCUGAGGAGGUUUCAGGUGCUGUCUACUUAAUUACAAGUUGUCCUAAAUUGCAAGAGCUUACAAUUGAAUGUGAAACGGUAGGCACUGUUGUGGAACCUGUUAUACAAUUCUUUCGAGCCCAAUCAGUCUCGUGUGGUGUUGUGAAGCUGCUUCAAAGCGUGCAGAUGUGUUAUUUUACUGGUUUUGAGAUGGAAAUGGAAUUUAUGAAGUUUAUAUUGGCAUGUGCACCUGUAUUGGAGGAGAUCUUCAUUUGGAAUGUUGCUCAGUACUUUCAUCGGGGUACAAAGAUGAUGGAUGAGAUUAAACAAUUUUGUCGAGUAUCACCCAAUGUUAGAUUCAAAUUUGAAGAAGCUUUUAUAGAUCCGGAACUGCCAUGACUUUGCUUAUUAUUUUAAGUGGUGCAAAAGCAGGCUGAUCUUUUGUUAUUUAUUUUUGUUUGUUGGUGAAGCCUACGUAGCUCACCUUACAAAUUUCAACAUUGAUUUCAUAGGAAUUGUGCUCAGCCUACUUUGUGGGGAAAGUUAUUUGAUUGUUUUUAUUCUCUCUUUGGA